UUCUUAUCAGAAUAGCCACUCGGGGCUUUGAGGAAUCGUCUUUUCGUUCUUUCAGGAUGUCGCCAUCUGUGGAAGCCCCCCAACAGUUCAAGCAGCCUUCCCGUAAGGGCAAGAAGGCCUGGCGCAAAAAUGUCGAUGUCACGGAGGUGCAGGAGGGCCUCCGAGUUCUGAAAGAUGAAGAAAUCAAAGGUGGUCUGUUAUCAGAGAAGCCUUCCGAAGAACUGUUCACCAUUGAUACCACUGGUUCUGCCGAAAUCCGCGCCUACGUUAAGAAAAACCACAAGCCUCUGAAGGCGGACGAGAUUCUAGCGGCAAGGUCCGCGAUUCCGGGCGUUGAUACAAGGAAGCGCUUGAACUCCAAAGUUACUGAUGGAGUGAUUGAGCCGAAGUCCAAGAGACAGAAGAGUGACUGGGUUAGCCGCAAGGAAUGGCUUCGUUUGAAGCAGGUUGCGAAAGAGGCAAACCCUAUUAUGAAAACGGCGGGCAAUGAAUUGUAUGACCCAUGGGCAAACGACGAGGAGUCGGCGCCCAUGGAGGAUCCGCGGUUCGACUUUUUGGAGAAACCGAAACCGUUUGUUGCCCCAGUUACAUUGAAGGAAGCACCAGUCUCGCUCGCGGCCAACGGAAAGCCGAUACCUUCCGUCAAGAAACCGACCGCUGGGACGAGUUAUAACCCCUCGUUCGAAGAUUGGGACCGUCUUCUCAACGAAGAGGGCAAAAAAGAACUCGAAGCCGAAAAGCAGCGUCUUGAAGAGGAGCGCAAGGAGCAAGAGAGACAACGAUUGAUUGCUGAAGCUCAAAACGACGAUGACGAGGCAAAGUCGGACGAUGAAAGCGCUUGGGAAGGGUUCGAAAGCGAGUACGAGAAGCCCGAGUGGUUGAACAAGAAACGGCCGGAGAGAAAGACAAAGGCUCAGAGAAACAAGAUCAAGAGACGGAAGGAGGCAGAAAGAAAGGCCAAGUGGGACGCCCAGAUGGACAAGAAGGAGCAGCAAGUGGAACAAGCGAAAGCCAUCGCCGAACGUAUCAAACAGAAAGAAGAGGAGCCUGCUCAAGACUCUGAUGCCGACGAUUCGGAGGAAGGGGAUGACACUGACCUGCGUCGACGUCCCUUUGGAGGCAAAUUAGCGGCUCCUUCCAAGCCUCUGGAGCUGGUGCUACCGGAAGAACUGCAAGAUUCUCUUCGUUUACUCAAACCAGAGGGUAAUCUGCUUGAUGACCGAUUCAGAACCUUGAUUGUUCAAGGCAAACUCGAAUCUCGUAAGCCUAUAACGCAGGCGAAGAAGGCAAAGAGGAAGGCUACAGAGAAGUGGACCCACAAGGACUUUCAGAUCCCUGGCAUCAAUUGGAAGAAGCUCCAGCAGACGCUUAAGAAGACAAAACCCUCCGAGUCCACAGCCACCAAACGCAAGGUUUCCGAGCGCGAAGCCGACAAUGGAGUGAAGAGAAGAAAGACAGACCGUUCAGAGGGAAAUCAGUCGGGGCGCCGCAUAUUAUCCACAAGAAAAGGAAAAAUGUCUGAGAAAACAGGAGAUGGAACCGAGACGGGUACUGCAUCGAGAACGACGUCGCGCAGGAAUUCUACAGUCUCUGUCCACCAGAAGGACACAUUAAUCGGAAAAGUCAAUGAAGGGCGCUCUAAAAAUGUUGAACUAGGCAGAUACGUUGCGAUGGACUGCGAAAUGGUGGGCGUAGGCCCCAACCCCGAUAACGACUCAGCUCUUGCGCGCGUCAGUAUUGUCAACUACAAUGGUGAACAGGUAUACGAUUCGUACGUACGACCGAAAGAGAUGGUCACGGAUUGGCGGACACACGUCAGCGGGAUCAGCCCCAAACACAUGGUGAACGCUCGGUCACUCGAACAGGUCCAGAAAGAUGUUGCUGAAAUCCUCGACGGUCGAGUCCUGGUGGGGCAUGCAUUGAGAAAUGACCUGGAUGCUCUUCUGUUCAGCCAUCCAAAACGCGACAUCAGAGAUACAAGCAAGCAUCCACCCUACCGAAAGGUUGCAGGAGGCGGUUCCCCACGAUUGAAAAUCCUAGCCUCGGAGUUUCUGGGCUUGACCAUUCAGGAAGGGGCGCAUUCAAGCGUGGAAGAUGCUCGAGCCACCAUGCUUCUUUACAGACGGGAUAAAGAUGCGUUUGAGCGAGAGCAUGCGAAGAAAUGGCCUGUGAGAGUGAUUGUCGACACAAAGGAAAACGGAGAUGAACAAAAGAAAAAGAAGAAGAAGAAGAAGAAGACUCGGAAGAGGUGAUCUCUCCGAUUUUAUAUCUGUCAUUACUUAUACCCCGAAGCUGCAAUGAAGAUUUGCUCCGAGAAUGCAAAAGAAAAUUGUACAUAAGAGUAUAAUCAUGGACCAGAAGGACAUCUCGGUACUGUUUACCAUGUAAAAUAUUUUGUUCUACUAUUAUUUUAUAGCAUAGAGAAUCC